GCGCUUGGACAUUGUAGCCAUCGAGACGAGGCACUCAGAACUCACCGGUCAUACCUGUCAACCCCAUCCGUUACCAUGGCACGUGGUGCUGCUUCUUCCGCCGUCAAGAACACCGGAGGUGGUGGGUUUUGGGGCUCCAAGUCCAAAGUGGUAGCGCAGCCUCCGCUUCCGCCUCCCGCUCCAAGAUUCCCCUCGCCCGUCGCUGCUGGCAGUGGCCCUCAGGUCGACGCGACAACGGUGGCCAGUUUGCUGUGUGUCGUGGCCCUUCUAGGUGCUGCUUACGGAGCCUCGCUUCGCCUACUUCCCAAAGGCUCAUCCAAAAAGACACGCGUUCUUUUCAUCUGGCACUUAUUCGAUGCAUUGAUCCACUUCUUCUUCGAAGGUUCUUUUCUCUUCAACUGUUUUUUCAUCUCCUAUUCGCUCCCGACGUCUUUUAAUGCCGCCGCUCGCCAGCAUCCGCACAUCCGGCUGCUCACUCCACCAGAUGUCUACUGGCUCGGUAGCCAGAACAAGUUGUAUGGAGCGAACUAUGGCACUGGUCCCUUCAGUCGACUGUGGCAGGAGUACGCAAAAGCAGAUCGUAGAUGGGGAGGCGUAGAUCUAGGGGUCGUGAGUCUGGAGGUGUUGACCGUGUUCGUUGGCACGCCGCUUGCAUUGUGGAUUUGUGAACUUCUCCGCCGCGAGGAAAGAAAAGGGGCGCUCAAGAGGUGGUUUUGGAUGAUUGUACUUGCUACAGCAGAAUUAUAUGGAGGUUGGAUGACAUUUGCGCCCGAAUGGUUCACAGGCAGCCCGAAUCUGGACACAAGCAACUGGAUGUACCUCUGGCUCUACCUCGUCUUUUUUAACGGUCUUUGGGUUGGGUUCCCACUAUGGAUCCUAUACGAGGGGUAUAGCGCUAUAACAUCAGCUAUGAGUCACGCUGAAAUGGUUGAUCUUGUAAAUUAUCUAAAAAAGGAGAGUUGA